UACAGCUUGAUAAAAGAUGCCCAAGUCUGCCUUUUUGUUUAAUAUUGCGUUCCUGAUCAAGAGGAGCACACUGGAGGAGAAUCACACAGAGGUUGUUCUACAUCAUAAUCUUUUUGAAAAUCGAAUUCAUAAUAAUCUGAAUAAUGUCCGCAAUGAUGACCCAAUCUUGCCUGCCACUCUCUCAUGAGACACAUAUAUACGGGAAAUUUAGGACCGUUGGGACACUAGCUGUAGGCAAAGAUGUGAAUGUUGUUUUAUCAGUUACAAACCCAACAGAAAUACCAAAGGAUUUGAACAUUAAAAUCAGAGCCUGCUCAAUCAUUUACACCAGGAAGGAAAUACACGAGCUCCUGAAAGAAUGCAAGAAACUUCACGUGAAACCCAAAGAAGAGAAGGAGAUGCCAUUAACCAUAACAUAUAGCCAUUAUGAUGGACUCUUGACUGCAGAUAACAUGAUCGAAGUGACAGCUAUCUGUACAAGUGAAAAAACCAAUGAGACAGUGCGGAUACAAACCGACAUCGUCUUAAAAAAUCCAACAAUUGAAAUAAAGGUCCUGGGGAAGGCCUAUAUGAACAAACCAGUCACUGCAGAAAUAGUUUUCACAAACCCACUUGACGUAGAAGUGUCUGAUAUGGUGGUCAAUGCUGAAGGAAGUGGCUUGCUCAAGGAUCCUCUUACAAAAAGGGCUUCUGCUGUGAAAGCUAAGGACACUAUAACAAUUCCCAUCGUGAUAACACCAUACAGGCCUGGGAAGAAACAUCUACUUGUUGACCUGAACUGUGACAAGUUCAAAAAUAUGAAAGGUUAUGUUGAAAUAGAUGUUCAGGAAGCGGAGUAGUUAAUUGCAAAAUAAAAAUGAAAGAAAUAAAGUAAAAAUCUGUUCAAUUUCUACUUCAUUGCAACAGGUUGCAAUACAACAGUAGAAUACAUAUCUGUCAUGUUCUUGAAAUUUUGAGAAACUUUAUAUAUUCUUAAAACGUAUUAAUGAACAUACGAACAGAUGCUUUGAACAUUUAAUUUUAAGAGUUCUGUUAUGCAAACAGCAUUACUAUUUCGUAUAGACGUUAUAUAUAUAUAUUUUUUCUAAUAUUCCUUGGCAUCUGGAUGCCAAUUUGUGACAUAAUAUACUUUGUACAUGUAACAUAUCCACCUUCUGUUAUGCAUGGUCACUUGCAUUUUUGGAUAAAGAACAAAAAGAAAUUAUACAAUAACAUUUA